AAGAUAUCUUCGAUACAUCUAGAUUGACUCUCAGCAUCUACGCUAAACAUCGAAAAUUAUUCGACCCUCAAGAUCUUCAAUAAAUCCUUUUUUCACGAUCUCUCUAGCGGUGGUUAUUACACAUACUCUCCAAUCUAUUCAAACACUUCAUCAAAUUUCAAAAUGGGAAGUAAGAACGCUCGUGAUAAAGCAUGAGUCAUUCGUGCAGCUCAAGCGUAUUCCGAUAAGAAGGCGGCCCAGAAUCUACUUGCUGGGCAGCAGAAAGAGCAAGCCAAACCCAGCAGUUAACACAAGAGGAGACUCUGGCGCGUCAGCACGCUUUCUCAAUUUCAAUUACGUUACUUUACCAAAGCACUCUGCCAUUAAGGUAAUGAAAGACGUUAAUACCAGCACAGUCAAGUUGUUCAUCAACUUUGACCUCAUUUAUUUCAAAAGUACUGCAAAAGAUGCCAACCUUCACACCGUGCUUCCGAAGUACGCAGAACUUAUCACCAAGGUUGAAUUUCGGCUCGUUGCACCUGCACAUACGGCUCUCCCGAGAUCUGCAGAGAAAGAGUCAUGAACAUGAUGAAGACAAUUAAUUGUCUAAACAAGUUUGAUAUCGACGAGUUCCUGUUCGUGGUCUCUCUUAACAAAGCCCACAACUUUGCCCAGAUGAGGCUAGCAGCAACAGCUUUUGGUUUGAAUUUUAAGGAUUGGACAAUGGUUACCGAGGUUCUUCAUGUUAGGGGUAGAUUUAAUAUCGAUAUUGGCAGUAAAUCGGAUCAUAGACUAGCAUGUAUCUACAAGGAAGAGUUUCUAGUUCACAAGGAGUUGUUAUGUAGAAAUGGAAGUUGAGUUAGGAAGACAGUGCUUUGGGUAUUGAUAGAGAUUGUUGUGGGUAUGGCAUAUUGUGGGAG